AUGAGCUAAUUCACUUUUAUGAAGAAGUAUUUGUAAAAAUAGACAUCCGAAACUAAAAUGCACUGCGAACCUCUAAUUACCUUGACUAUUGAACUAGAUGAAAAUAAAUAUAGUCAAAUCAACAUAUAUGAAGACUCUAAUCCAGAAAUACUAGCAUCUAACUUUGUCACAGAUAAUUACUUAAGCAUGGCUUAUGUUGAACCACUCAAAUAGAACAUCAUCUAGCAAAUGUUGAUGUAUGACUAAAUGAAGAAAUAAGAAAAAGACAAAUAGCCUCUUUCUCAAUGGGAAACUGUUAAGAAAUAACAAUAAAAUAAAGAAAAUCAACAAUCAACACCAACUAGGAAUUUGAACACCAAAAGACACACUCCAGAAAAAACCAUGCCAACUAAUCUAAAAUCAGAAAGAAAUCUAUCUAGAAAUAAAAGGUUUCAGACUGAAGAUAUGAACACUCAUGAUAGACUCUACCAAUAGACCAAAUAAACAAACAAUAUCAAACAAUAAAAAAAAGAACACGAAUAAAUAUCAAAGCAAAAAGACCCAAAUCUCACUUUUAAACCUAAAACUAAUAACAUCCAAACAAAUAAUAAGAGUAAGAGUCCUCAAUCUAAUUAAAAUUAAUUUUAUCUUCAGCCAACUCAAUAAAAAUAAGUGUAACUAAAAAGUCCCAGACUCAAUUAAUUGUAUUAAAACAAAUCAUUUGAAUUUUUGCUUCCCAAAAAAGAAGUCAAGAUUUCUAUCUUGGAAAACGAAGAGAGUGUGACUUAGUUACCUAAAACAUAAGAUUCUCCAAAUGUAUCAUUUUCUGAAGAGAGUUAGUUUAAAAACGAUAGUCCUUAUACUUCAGCCUAAGAGGAGAAUUGUUUAUAUUAAGCAACCAAAGAUUCAGACGAAAGAAUAGUAGCAAAAUUAUUUAAAAUGAUUGAAUCAAACAACGUAGUAGAUGCACGCAAUAUACCAUACGAAAAGUUCAAUUAUCAAUUAAUAGUUGAGCUUAGACUGCAUUUUCAAAAGAAUGAUUUCAAAAUUAUGAAUUGUGAAUAGUUUUGUUAGAGCGUAUUGAGGAAUGCUAAACUAAUCAAAUUUGCUACUGAUUUUUUCAAGUUUGAGAAUGUGCAAUACUAAAAUACAUGUUAUUAUCAUUGA